UGUUGCAGAAAAACCUCGGAAAUUACUGAAAAGACAUUGUUGAACAGGCAGAGAUGAAACAUCAUACAGAAGGUGCAGUUUUUCAUACUCCUUGGCUUUAUGGUGGAACUAACUACAGGAGAAUGGUUGAACCCUUAUACAUUUCUGAAUACUACAUAGAAGGGAAAAAAGACUAUGUGGCUAGCGGAAGAUCUAGACAUUAUGAAGUGUUGGAAGAGUGGCUGAAAGAAGGGAAGAAAGAUACAAGCGAUUCGAAUGCAAACAGUACAAGCAGAAAGAACGUGGAAUUAAUUUUAACUGUUGAUUCUUGCUUUUGGGCAUAUGUUGAAGAGGCUCUCCUUUUGUGCAAACAAUUGCAGAAUGUACAAUCUAGUGAGAAAGAUAAGAAAGAGGCAACUGAGAAGUUGCUCGAAUUCGUGAAGUAUGUUUAUGGGUCGCUCAAAAAAUAUGAAGUGUCACCAGAGAUUUUCCUGAUGGAAAGCAGCUACAUGACUUGGUGGGAUAAGUAUAAGGGAAUUUCAGGUAAUGAAACACUAGCAAGCUUCAUGAUCCCAAGGGAGAUUAUGUUUUCCCCUGAAUAUGCAUGUGUGGUUGAGCAGUGUAAAAUAAACUGUGAUUUCAUCUCACUAUGA